ACUGCUCUGCUUCAUUCCAUCCAAAAUGCCAGUCAACGCAGUUCGUCGCGGAAUCUCCGUCAUGCGCAAUGGCGUCGGUGCCUUUGUGCUUCCCUGCCGCAAACUCACCUUCCGGUACUGCAACCGGGGUGCUUCGUCAGUUGGCAUGCGAGAAUACAUUCACGAAAACCUUGCCAAGUUCAGUAAAGAGAACCCCGGUAUCGAAUUCGAGGUCACCCAUAAACACGGCCAGCCCCUCAUCACCGGCCACUAUCUCAACGGAAAGAAAAAAUCGAUUGGCGUCGCAAACAUGUCUCCCUCCGAAAUCGUCACAAAAGCCAAACUGCUCCGCAACUCCUCCGGCAAAAAGCUCGUCCGUCCUACCCACCCCGUCUCUUCUAUCAACGACGGUCCUCGUGGCAUCUGGUCUCCUUUCCACAUGCUUGCGCAGUACCGACACAAGGUCUAAAUCGUCGUACGGGGUCUCGAUAUCGUACAUAUCUCUUUGGCGUUCUCUUUAUUGUAUAUAGCUUUCUGAUUGUUUUCUGUACAUUAAUCCUUAUCUUAUUAUUAAGAAUUAUCCAACAAUGCAAUACAGUUAUAAAAAAUA